AUGUAAACAUCGGAAGGAGUGACAAUGAUCAUAUUCAGCAGUUUGGUGGUGCUGGCCGCGGUGCUUGGCGCAUCGAGUGAGAAGCCGCUGGGCAGGCGAGUAGCUGUGCCCGUCAUCCACGUCAGCGGGACACACUACGAAGUCGGAUAUGAUGUCGGCCGCACGUUCUCAUCGAUCAUCAAGAGCUUCAUCGCGACAUAUGAGAACCUGCGCGACUUCGAGAAAGUGUACGCCACAGACACUGGCAGGAAGGCUUACGACACAACACUGGCAAAUAUGAAGAAGAAGUACCCAUACUACGUCAAGGAGAUGCAGGGAGUCGCUGACGGAGCCAACGUGAACUUCACACAGCUAUUCCUGCUGCAGAUGGAUGACCUAAUCGGCAACGUGAACGACAACCACAUCCCCAGGAAUGACACCGGAGGCUGCAGCUCCAUCGCGUUCAAGAACUCGCAGACUACUUUGCUGGGUCACACAGAGGAUGCCUUCCACGAGACAUUGAACCACUUCUACAUCAUGAAUGCUCACAUCAAACCUUCGCCGGAGGACGUCAAAGCUGGAGCGGUAGAGGAACGAUUUGCUUCCCUGUGCUACGCGGGCCACAUGCCCGGGUACACCAUGGGCUACAACGAGAACGGGCUGGUCUUCUCCAUCAACACCCUUAGCCCUCUCAUCCUGAAGUACGGCAACACACCCAGGACAUUCAUCACCCGCGCCAUGCUGGCAGCCAAGAACUUUGAGGAAGCUGAGCACAUCCUGCUGGACCAGGGGCUGGGCAUAGGUAACGGGUUCUCAGUGAACAUGAUCUGGACCAACAACUGGGGCGACCGGCAGAUAUACAACGUCGAGGUGUCUCCCGACCUGAAGGCAGACCGCUCGCACCUCAACGUGCAGAAGUACGACAAGGAACCGCUGGUGCACACCAACAAAUACCAACGUACCAACUUGACGGAGGUGACCGGCCGCAUCAUAGACAGCAGUGUGGCGCGCCUGAGGGUGAUCCACAGCUACCCCAAGCCACAAACUCGCAAGGAGCUGGCGGAGAUCAUCUCCGACACCAGCGACAAGGAGUUCCGCCUGUUCCAGGAUCAUCCUGAUGACAUCAUCAUGACUAUCGCAGCAGGUAUUUUCGACCUUGACAAGCGGACAUGGAGCAUCUACAUCAACAAGCCAAAGUGCUCGGAGCCGGUCGCUGUGCUGCCUAUCACCUUCUCCGCUUUAGACUACUAG